GGCGACCUCUUCCUCCUCAUCCUCCUCCAUACAAGGGUCAACCCCUGGUGUCCUGGGAAAAGGUCUACAAACCACGGGGAUCUUAUCAUAUAUUCUCUGGAGGAUCAGAAAGGAUGUGAUUUCAAGAAAUUUAGGAACAAAUUGUCUGAUUUCUCCUAUGAAGAUAAACGUCCCAUCCCCCGAGGAAGACUAGAGAAUGCAGACUGGAUCACCACCAAGGAGCUCCUGAUAGACACAUAUGGAGAAGAAGGGGCUCUGGAUGUCGCCAUUAAAGUCUUUACACUGAUUGGUCUGAUGGGACCUGCGAAUGACCUACAGGAAAGCAGAGCACAAAAUGACAAACUGAAGAAGAUGACAAACGACAACAUAAUAACAGACUUCAGAAAGGAAUACGAAGAGUCUGUGAAAGAGACGUUCCAGAGGAUUAAAGAAUAUAAUUCCCGUAUGGGGGAGGCUGCUUAUCUUCAGAAAAGAUACACCAAGUUAAUAAUAAGAAAGGGACCCCAGAAUAAAGAGGAAAAAGAACAAGAAAUAAGGAGUUCAGGCAGAAGACAUCUACAGAGCAUAGAGAAAAGACCUUCUGAUGGAUCAUCCCCAACCACAAUCCAGGCCCUCUUUGACCCUGAUGAAUAUGGUUUUAUUCCUAAGAUUGUAGUGUUACAAGGACCUGCUGGGAUUGGAAAAACAAUGACCUCCAAGAAGAUCAUGCUGGACUGGGCCUCUGGGAUUCUCUACCAAGACAAGUUUGACUUUGUAUUUUAUCUGAGCUGUAGAGAAAUCAACACCAUCCCUGGAGACAUAAGCCUUGUGGGACUUUUAUUCAGAGCGUGCAGACUGCCGAGUUCAGAUGACCUUCUGUCUAUUCUGAAGGAUCCUGGA